ACUUCGGCGAAGGACUGUGUCGGACCAAAACACAACGACAAACAUAAACAGACGUGCCUCAACUCUUUCGGUUUAAUUUCUGGUCAAACAUUGCUAUCAAUUCCUAACUUUCCGAAAGAUGGCUGGUUUAGAGCUGUUGUACAGCGGAGUAGCAAGCAGCAUUACCUGUCCACAGGACGUUGUUGUGUGUUUCGUUCACUGGGAAAUUGUAAAGAGUGGUUACAAGUGUCUUGGGUCGGGAGAUGAGCCUAGGAAUGGUGACAAGAAGUCGGAGUUGCUUCCUACAGGGUGGAACGGAAGUAAGGAAUUGUACACCCUGCGAUACAAGUCAAAUGAUGACAAGUCACAUUUCCUGGUCAAAGCCAUCACUGUGGAUUCCACCUUGAUCUUCAACUUAAUGGACUCGACCACUGAACAAGUGUCAGACCUGACCGUGAAUGUCAGUGAUUAUGUGGAUGCGGAGCAGUUACAAACAUUUGAAAGUGUAUUUAAGAAUACAGAAGAUUUGGCUCAGAAGGUGAAGAGCCAACUCCUUCCCUCAGCGCCCGCACCAAGAAAGAAAGACAAGAAGAGUAAGAGAGAGACAACGGAUGACUCCCAGUCAGACAGUGACCCUCUCCAUAUUCCCACAAGGCAUCCACAGACCAGCAGGCAGCCUAACUGGCCAGACCCCAUGGCUCCAUUCGCUGCAGGAGGAGCCGAUCUGGAUCCCUUUGGUGGUCGUGGAGGAGGAGGAAUGAUCGUGGACCCUUUGAGAGCUGGUUACCCCCGCUCAGGGUUCGACCCCUCUGGUGGGCUCCCUGGCGUCCUGCCCCCGGGAGCUGUGCCACCUGGAGCCCGCUUUGACCCCUUUGGGCCCGUUGGAAGACACAGACCAGGGCCAGACCCAGAUCACAUGCCGCCGCCAGGCUAUGAUGACAUGUUCAUGUAGAAGAGAAGGCACUUCCUGCUUCGAUCCACACACUUCCUGGAUUACUUCCUGUCUGCGCAAUGCAAGAGGAAUACACACUUAAUAAAACUGACUGACUAAUUUGUUCAGUGUGAGGAAUAAAGCUACAUUGCACUCCCUUUUUGGGGGACUUACCUGGAGAUGUUCUAAUUUAAUUGUACAAAAUCUGGGAGUUCCUAGAGUCCAAAUCCGUCAGAAAUGUUCAAGCAGCUAACGUUUGUUUUGAUUUUCAAAUGCUGCUUUCAAAAGGCAAAGGCUGGCUUUUGCCACUCACCUCCCCAAAAAUGUAUUCCAGUCAAAGUCGUUCGUAUAUACACCUGCAGCAUUAGGAAUGAUUGAUUGAUAAAAUAAAUAUUAUGCCUGCUACCCAACUUAAAAUAAUAUGCUUUUAUUAAAAGGUCAUAAAAUG